AGUGGCGCGGGUAGAGAGUCGGACGGAGAAUGUUUUGAUGUGACGUCAGGAGUGUGGUGACGCAGGCAGGCAGGAGGCGGUGUGUGGUGGUGCUGGUGGUGGUGUGUGUGUGAGAUUGAGUGGCUGCCAGCACGUAGCCGAGGUAAGGAUGGCCACAAGGCACUGAGCUCCUGAAGUCACUGAUCUGGUCUGCUUCGUGGUCUCUCAUCCUAACUCAACUCCUUCAGAAUGUCCCUCAAUGGCAUUAUCCGAAGGGCCUCCAGCUUUCUUGGCCUCAGUGGAUCCGAGAAUUCCAAGCCGACUUAUGAAGAUGGGGAUAUUGUGUUCUGCAAGAACAAUGUGUGCGUGCAUCCACCAUGGCGGUGCCGAGGUGAUGGGGAGAAGGUGCAUCACCCAGGCUAUCUGGUGAUCAAGUGCCAGGCAGACCCUUCUUACGGCACUACACUGCACCUCAGCUGGAUACCCAAUGAGAGGCUCAAGAGGAACCAUGACCUUAUUUCACAGAUCAAUGGUGAGGGGAACAGCCGCAGCAACUCCCCAUAUCCUACCUCAGAUUCUGAGUCCCUCUCCAUGUCCUCACUGGCACUUCAUGACAGCAGUGGCACAGUGAGGAAGACUUCCUUGGACGAUGCAGCAAUGUCCACUUCUGGCAUAUCCACCUUGGACACCUCAAGUGAUGCAACACAUUCCAAGGAGGAGGUGAGCCCUAACAGUGAUGGAGGCAGCAGUCACAGUCCUCCCAAGGCAAGCAUGGAAGCUGGUAGGGUCACCAUAGAGGCAGGCAGUGAAGAGACAGGCAGCAGCGGUGGGUAUCUGGUAGAGGGGCAGGAUGUAGAAGAUGGUGCAAGUACCACAAAGAACACUCCAGUUGGAAGUGUUAGUGAACAGAACUCAGAGGAAAGUGGGAGUUCAGCUGAGGACAGUAAGGAACAGAGUGAGGAACAGAAUAAUAGUUGUGAGAGUUCAGCAGACAGUGUUGUGAAGGACAUGGAGACAGAGAGCCCAGAUCUGAACCUUGGCAAAGGCACUACAACGGAUGACAGCAGAGAGCACAGUCUGGAGGACCUCAAGGACACCUCACAGGAAAGCAGCAGUGGCUCCAGUAACCAGAACACGGAGGCGAAGGAGAGCAUCCCUGUGGUGGAGACUGAGACAUCUGACGACACCACUCAACAAGCAGCUUCCCAGGAAACCGCCAGGACAAUACACAUAGCACUUCAAAUACCCAGGCAGAGAGAGAAACAAAGACACAUAUCCUCUUCUGGCAGCAGUAGCUCAGAUGAAGACAAGCUGGCAGAAACCCUCACCAUCACAGAGACACCAGAGAUCUCAGGUACAGGUGGCCACCUCACGAGCGAGGGCGACGAGAGUCUUGAGUCUUCUCCUGAACCUCAUGUAUGUCCCCCACCUCACUACCUCACUUCCACGAAUGGGGAGCAGUAUUGGUAUGAACGCAGCGCUGAGUCAAUGGCAUACUCGGCCAACCUGGCAUUCCCUGACACAGCUUCCCUUAACUCCUUCUGCCCAACUCCGGUUGAUGGCGGCUCUUCCCCCAUCAGGAGAGAGCACAAGUGUGGCAUCUUCAGCAUUGAUGUCAAACAGAGCAAAUCUCUGCGGCUGUUCUUCAGUGACAGGGACAACACGUGUGGCCAGCUAGUCAUUGCCAGCCGGGAGAGUCAGUACAAGAUCUUCCACUUCCACCACGGUGGCCUGGAUAAGCUGGCAGCGGUGUUUGAGGACUGGAAUUUCCUGGUAAAGCCGAGGGAUGAGGAGAGUCCCACCGGCGACGUCUCCCUCAAGCAGUUCCUUGUCUGCAAGCCUGAAGUGAGUGAGUCUGAACUGCACCCUGAGGAGGGCCAGCAUAGGUGUCUGGACGCUGAUGCUUGGGUCACCUACUUCAAUGAGGAUGGUCAGAUUGAGGAUGACUUAGCCCUGCGCCAGGCCAUCUUCUUUGGAGGUGUGGAGCCUCAGCUGAGAGCCAAUGUGUGGCCUUUCCUCCUCCACUAUUAUGACUUCCGCACCACCUUCCUGGAGCGGCAGGCUAUCAUGGAGGAGAAGCACCAACUCUACCACAAGAUCAAUGCGUUGAGGGAGAGCAUGUCGGGGGAGGAGCUUGACUGGUUCCGCCGCAAUGUGCAGUGUACGGUGGAGAAGGAUGUGGUACGUACUGACCGCUCCAACCCUUGCUUUGCCGGCAACGACAACCCCAACCUGGAGAAGAUGAAAAGGAUCCUACUCAACUUUGCCGUACACAAUCCUGUCAUGGGGUACACACAAGGCAUGUCGGACAUCCUGGCACCCAUCCUGGCUGAGGUGCGCAAUGAGGCUGAUGUGUUUUGGUGCUUCACAGGUCUCAUGAGCAAGACCAUCUUCGUCACUUCACCCAAGGAUGAGGACAUGGAGAAGAACCUGAGUUACCUUAGAGAGCUGCUGCGACUCAUGAGUCCUCGGUUCUUCAAUCACAUGGACAACCAGCAGGAUGGGAUGGACUUGCUCUUCUGCCACCGAUGGAUCUUGUUAUGCUUCAAGCGAGAGUUUCCAGAGGAUGAGGCGCUGGCAAUGUGGGAGGCAUGCUGGAGUAACUACCAAACCGAUUACUUCCAUCUCUUCCUGUCUGUGGCCAUUGUUAGCAUCUAUGGGGCUGAUGUGGUGGACCAGAAUCUGCGGCCGGAUGAGACUCUGCUUUACUUCACCUCCCUGGCUGGCCAUAUGCAAGGCCAGAUGGUGCUCAAGAAGGCUCGCGGUCUCCUGCACCAGUACCGCAGCAUGAGUCACCUGCCGUGCACGCUGGUGGGACUGUGUGAGCUGUGUGGGCCAGGCAUGUGGGACUCAGGGCAUGUGCCGGUGGUGGCAUGUGUGGGGCACCCAGAUGACCAGGCCUGCCCCCUCACCCAGUCUUCCUCCACACAAGGCACCACCCCAGCCUCCUCCGCUUCUUGACACGCUACCAGGAAAGUUCUCCACCAGCUGGUUAUGUGUAAGUAGGUGGAGCUAACAGGUGGUCACUUGGCAGGCUUGGAGUGUGCUGAGAGGUGGAGGAGAAGGAAAAUAAUCAUGGUCAGUAGUGAAGUAACUGGCCUCAUAUUUCCAUUGUGUUUUCCCUUAUGUUUCUUUUGUCCUGAAUCAUCUAAUGUGCUACCAGUUGUCAGGUUUUGUAAGAUUCUUUGCACUUAAGAAUUAAGAUUGAGGGAAAUGCAAACGUUGGAAGUGAGUAUGGCGAGUCAGCUGACUUCUGACCUUGAUUUUUACCUUUUGCAUUGCAGUGUUGAAAUGUGAUGUGAUGUGUUUCAGUCAGUGUGUUGGGAAGUGGUGUUAUUCAGUCUUGAACACAGAGCCCAACGCCAUGGUUAUGUAAUGUUGUGUUUUGUUUUUAAUGAUGCGCUGUGUGGAUUGGAGUGAUAUUUUAUUCAUAAGUGAGAAGAUUUCAUGCAUCCAUCUUUUAUAGUGAUGUGUUGUAUUGCAGUCAUUAUGUUUCACAAUGAUGCUGUUUAAAUUGUAAUCAAAGUGUUUUCUGUCAUUUAAUUGAGAUUUAUAUCACUUGACUGAAGAUCUUCAUAACAUAGAAUGGUAUAGCUUUCUACAGUUUGCCUUUGAUGCACAUUACUGUUGUAAUACCAUGUGAAGUUGAUGUUUUCUGUGACACAAUGAACAUUUCACUCGACACAGUCAAGAUGUGAAGGCUGUCUUUUUUAGGGUUAUGAUUGAUGAGGCAGAGUUAUGCUACUCUCCCCAUACUGUUGUCUGAAGUGUCAUAUUAUUGGAUCAAGGCAUCUUGUGUAUGACAGCAAGGUUGGAUCAGAAAAUUGUCAUAAAUUUGACACUUGAAGAACACCAUAACAAAGGUUCAGCAUUAUGUGAGGCAUUGAUUGUCACUGUGUUGUGCUCAGGUAGGAGAUGGUGUGCCUGACAGAACACUACAGCAAAGAGGAUUUUAAUAGUUAAGCAUUAUGAGCAGCUGAACACUAUAAUUUUUAGACCAAUAUUGAUAUAAACAAUUCAAACAAGAGUGAGAUCAUGCAUGUACAGCAUAUGAUAGGUUUUACCAUAUUCUCAGUUAGCAUUAAGAGUGAUGGAGUCAUAUCCUUGUCUGAUGUGUGGUCAUUGAAUUCCCAAACUGCCAUUCUUUUUUUUAGUUAGUUAUACUUGACUUUGGAGUGGCUGGAGAACACUGAGAAAUUGGUAUGACGGCAAAAUGGAUUGGCCAAGAGAGCCCCUUGCAAAGAACUUGUGGCAAAUAUUUGGGUCACCUAUUGGUCUGAAAGUGAUCACCAAGACUGACGCUUUUGCUGUCCUUGACUGUCCCAUCUUUGCACUGCCAUCACUUCCCUCAGGCACAGCAGCUCAGGUGUGCUGCAUCAUUCUUUAUAGGACAGCUUUAUUUAAGGUGAUAGAAGAAAAUUAUGAUUAUCCUCUCUGUUGUUAUUUGAAAUGUCAAUUUGGGAAUUUAUUGAGCACAUCUCAUAAGGGAGAGUAAAAGAAAAGAAUAGGAAUUUGUAUGGUGCUUUUGUGGCUUUGUUGUGUCAAGACUCUGUGGAAUGUGAUAAUUGACAUUAAGACAAAGGCUUUGUUCAUUUUGAUCAUUAGGAUGGGUUUGCCAUGCAUUUAUUUAUCUUUGUGAUAUUAUGUAACAUAAGAAGUGAAGGCAUUUGAAGGGCAUUAAUUAUCUGAUGAUUUAUGUUUGUGAGUAUGUGUGUGUGUGUGUGUGUGUGUGUGUGUGUGUGUGUGUGUGUGUGUGUGUGUGUGUGUGUGUGUGUUGAUUAGUGAUGACCAUUCUAGCAAUACUAAAUGUUUGUGUGUGUGUGUGUGUGUGUGUGUGUGUGUGUGUGUGUGUGUGUGUGUGUUUGUGUGGUGGCCAGCAGCAGCAUUGAUUGCCAUAAGUGUGAUAUGAUAAUGAAAGUUGUCUUCUUGUGCUUUGUGUAAGUUUUAUUUUGUGAUUUUACUCUCAUUUGAGUUUAUCUUUUAUUCUCAUUUGAGUUAAUCUUUCACCUCUGUGCAUUUUAUUUAUAAAUGAGAGACAAAUUAUGUUCUUAGACAGACAUUUGCAUGCCUAAGCAUUUAAUUUUUUUUUUUUUUUUAUUUAUUUUUAUUUUUAGAUUGUAGAGAUGAAGCAGCACCACAUGUUUUUAUAUUCUAGACACCAGUACACAGUAGCUGCCAACCCAUGGCAAACAAAACUAUUUUAGGCUUUAUAUUCACCAAAGAUUUGGAGAUUUCUCAUGACUUUUUUUUAGUGAGACACUAAUGUGUAUGUAUCUAUUUGUUUUAAGUCUUCCAAAGAUCAAAUACUAUUGCAUUUGCAGUUUAUAUAAGUAUGUAUAAUUUUAAAUAAGAUAGUAAACUUCCACAAUAAUGCAUGGAGAAAAGAGAGAGAAGGAGUGUAGGGAAACCUUACAUAAAGAGUCUUUCAUGGAGGCAAUAACAUUUAGAGCCUGUAACUUGCAUUAGAGGUCUGCAUUUAUGGUUGUGUGUGUCACUGAACCUCCAGAUGCCGUGGAGGCCUCAGCAGCUUCAUGGCAUCUGAUAAUCUCUUGGAGCAAAGUAUGUAUCAUAAGAUUGUUAUCUCUGAAGUUGGGUUUCCAGUUGACUUGUGCAGGUCUUGCAUCCUUUCUUGGAUAUCAAUGAAAGUAGGUCUGUUCAUGGUAUCACAUCCUGGAUCCUCUUUCUUGCUUUCCUUCAGCAAGAACCAUGAAGGCUGUUAUGAUUAUUCCCUAUUAGUCCUCUUCUCUGUUUCACCAAGAGUUGCUCCAACACCAGGGUAGUGGCAGCACCCACCAUUCCCCUUGUUCCACAGUCCCACAGUGGCCAAGUUGUGAUUAUUGACUGCCCUUUACUACCCUUGACUUCCCCUGCUGAGUGAUGCAGUGGCACUUAAGUUGGUGUAGGUCAGUGAUGUAAAUAAAUAUUUGUGAUGCACUUGAUGCAAAAUUAUUUACUCUAUAGUCACUAAGUAAAGGCAUGUGUGGAGUUUUGUGUGAUGCUUACCAUUUUCCAGUUUUUGGUGAUGGUGGAUGUAGGUUGAGGCCUCGUGUUGUUGUAGGUUUUGGGGAUUUUUUUUUAUAAUCCCACCUGACAAUAACAUUUUCUUGAUAUUGUAGGAUUUUGUUGGGAUUAGGUUCCAUUGAUAUGCUAGUCAUGCCCUGUGUGUGUGUGUGUGUGUGUGUGUGUGUGUGUGUGUGUGAGGGGAGCAUAUGUGUGGGAUGAUUCAGAGACACUUGUUCCUUUGCAUACAGUUAGCAUCAGCAUACAGGCAUCUGUUAGAGAACAGAAAGAAUGAAUACUUUUAGGCUCCUCUUCUCUGUGCACAAUAGUCAUAAUUUGUUUCCACACCACUGUAUUGCACAUUCUAGCCUUUCAACUUGUUUGCACCACUCAGCUGCACGUACUACCAUAUUAAAUUAGAGUAUCAUCAUUUACUCAUUCUGCACUAUUUCAUCUCUAAUUUCUUACUGUAUUUUCCUUUAUUCUUGUAGCUUUCAUUAUGUGCUGUUUUAUCUCAAGUUCUGCUUUUUCCAUCGCUGCAGUUCUUAUACUGUAUAUACUGUUCUUUCACUGCUGUUUUCAUUCUGUCUUAGCAUUUUAUUCACAGUAGUUCCUGAGUUUCCCUCAUUACUGCAGCAUUAUUUUCUCAGUGUUAGCAUUAUUGCAAUGGAUCCAUGUAAUACAGUUGUGGAUCAGUAUUUUUUUUUUAUAAUUUACUCCUGUUAAUCAUUAAUCUUACACAAAGAGAAGCACAUGAGUAAUGCUUCCUCAUUUUUAGUUAUUCAGCUUUUGCACCUCACCUGAAUGUGACAUCACUAGGACUGUUUUCCCAUGAAGAUGGACCACCUCUUUCCGUGUAGGGUUUAGCACACCGUAAGUUUCCAUGAAAGAUAGCAAUGUAUACUUGCACCACAACAGUCACUGAGUCUGUAGAGGCACUUUGUGUAUAGGAUUGGUGUUGUGGUUUGUCAGCAUAAUAGUAAUUGUGGUGCUGGAGAGUAUUGCUCCAUAUUAUUUAUGUUACCAAGCACAACAGUUGCACUAAGAUCUGUUCUUCAGCUUGGCCAUCCUCCAUUCCACACUUUCUUCUACAGCCUAUGUUACUCUCCUCUCAGUCUUCCAAACAUGUGAAGAACAAGUUUCUGACAGUUUACCUUAUCAAGGUUUUCAUAUAAGUAAUGUUAUUUUUCUUUCACUCUUUCAUGUGUUAUUUUCAUAUUUGUGUUGUGAGGCAGUUUUUGUCAAAGACAUUUUUUUAUUAAAUACCAGAGAAGCUUU